GACAUAAUCGAUUUUCAAAUUCGGUUUGUAUAAAUGCAGUACAAAACCCACACAAGAGAGAAAUAGCUUUUGUAUGGAGACCACGAAAGGAGCACAAAUGCAAAGUUUAUUAUAAUAUGUUUGUAGGAUAGCACCUGUUACCUAUCAUAUAACACAAGUCACGUGUCAUUUCUUUUACUUUGUAUUUUAAAAAAAAAAACAAAAAAACAUAUUUCUAAAGACGGGAAUUAAUUUGUUGUUUUUUUAGUCGAUAUUAUCUCCAUUUUUGUUGUAAUAAAAUUUCAUUUAAAAAAUUAGAGGACAACAUAUUUUACCGAAAUUAGUAUCUAAAUUACUGAGAAAAGGAACAACUUCUGUAUUCUGGUAUUAAAACCCUUCCUAAUAAUAAUAAUAAUAAUAAUAAUAAUAAUAAUAAUAAUAAUAAUAAUAAUUUGUAUUGUUUAGGGAACUACUUCCUGGUAUAUUUCACGUGAUCUCGUCUUCUGCGCUCUGAUUGGCUGGUUGUUCACACCUACAAAAGCCGUUAGAAAGCAUAUUCAAACGUACAACUAUUUUAUGUAUACAUUUUCUCAGUAUAUUCCCAUUUUUAUAGUUCGAAGAGAAGAGAAGAGAAGAGAAGAGAAGAAGAGCAACACCAGCCAAUCCACUUGCAGGAAAGGAGAUUUCAGCCAAUCAGCGCACGCAAGGCGGGACUUAGGCGGGAAUACGGAUAUUGGAUUUAGAUGAGCGCUUUUCAAAAUGGCGGCGCCCGCAGCAGAGAGUGGCCCAUGCGAGUGUAAAUCCGACAUGGCAGCUGUUAAAGCGGUUUCCUCGGCUUUCCCGCUUGCUCUCCGGAUUGUAGCGGAGUGUCCGGUGAGCAAGGCGCGGGCGUGUGUGCUCACUCUUCCCCACGGCAGCGUUAACACGCCGGUGUUCAUGCCGGUGGGCACGCAGGGUACCAUGAAGGGAAUCACCGCGGAGCAGCUGGAACAGCUGGACUGUCGCAUCUGCCUCGGGAACACGUAUCACCUGGGCAUGAGGCCGGGUCCUGAGCUGAUCGAGAAAGCCAACGGCCUGCACGGAUUCAUGAACUGGAAACGAAACCUCCUGACGGACAGCGGAGGUUUUCAGAUGGUGUCUCUGGUGGAGCUGUCCCAGGUGACGGAGGAGGGAGUUCUGUUCCGCUCACCGUACGACGGAAAGGAGAUCCUGCUCACCCCCGAGCAGUCCAUCGGCAUCCAGAACAGCCUCGGCUCGGACAUCAUGAUGCAGCUGGACGACGUGGUCAGUAGCACGGUGACGGGGCCGAGGGUGGAGGAAGCCAUGCGUCGCUCCGUGCGCUGGCUGGACCGCUGCAUCUCGGCCAAUAAAAAUCCACAUCGGCAAAACCUGUUCGCCAUCAUUCAGGGGGGACUCAAUGCGGAGCUGCGCAGGGCGUGCCUGGACGAGAUGACGAAGAGAGACGUGCCCGGCUUUGCCAUCGGCGGUCUGAGUGGCGGAGAGGAGAAGGACGACUUCUGGAAGAUGGUGACUCUCAGCACAGACCACCUGCCCAGAGAGAAGCCUCGCUACCUGAUGGGAGUCGGCUACGCCGUGGACCUGGUGGUGUGUGUCGCUCUGGGCUGUGACAUGUUCGACUGCGUUUUCCCGACUCGCACGGCUAGGUUUGGCUCGGCCCUGGUUCCCUGGGGUUCUCUGCAGAUCAAACAGAAACAGUACGCGAAGGACUUCCAGCCCAUCGACCCCGAGUGCGAGUGUCCGACCUGCGAGAGACACAGUCGAGCGUAUCUGCACGCGCUGUUUAAGAGCGAUACCGCCGCCAUGCACCACAUCACCAUCCACAACAUCUCCUACCAGCUGACUCUGAUGCGUUCGGUGCGGCGGAGCAUCAUCGAGCAGCGCUUCCCCGAGUUUGUGCGCAGCUUCAUGAGGAGGAUGUUCCCCUGCGGCGAGCCGUACCCGAGCUGGGCCGUAGAAGCUCUCGCGUCGGUCAACAUCGCUCUGGACUGAAAAGACGUUCAGGACGAGCUCUGAUCUCUCGCUCGGAACGAUGGAAGUGUGUCGGUUUGCUUUUUUUUUUUGUUUUGUUUUUUCACGCUUCUCGUUUGAAAAUGUCCUUGAGCUCGCGGACGUCUCCUUUCCAGCCUUUACAUCUGUCCAGAUGUUCACCUUGGUCCUAUUUCAGUGACCUUGAGACUGAUUUUUUUUUUUAAUUAUUAUUAUUAUUAUUAUUUUUUUAAUACUCCAAACAUUGUCUGUUUUUAACCGGUGUUUUUAACUCGCCGUUGGGAAAUUCUUUUCUAUCGUUGCUGUAUUUAUUUUCACAGGUCGAACCGUAUAUCUCCUGCUGGUUGCAAAGCCAGUGUGUUUUUUAUUGUAAAAAAAAAUGUAAAAAAUAAAAAAUGUAUAUACAAUAAUCAAGAAAUUUGCAUUUGCUCUUCUUUUCAGUCUUGAGUCGGAUUUCAUUCAUCCUGUAACCAUGGCUUUUAGUUUAACACACACACACACACACACACACACACAUGCAC